GCGGUUCCGCUUCCGGUCGGCCCGGCGGUCAUGGCGAGCUUUACCAAGGCGGCCCAGCAAUGGGCUACUUUUGCCAGAGCCUGGUAUCUCCUCGAUGCGAAGAUGCAGCCACCAGGAAAAAUAGCAGCUGCAACUGUAAUCAGACUUGAAGGCAGGCAUAAACCUAUUUAUCAUGCAAUAAGUGACUGUGGAGAUCAUGUUGUCAUAAUAAAUACAAGGCAUAUUGCCUUCUCUGGUAACAAAUGGGAACAGAAAGUAUAUUCUUCACAUACUGGCUAUCCUGGGGGUUUCAGACAAGUGACUGCCACUCAGCUCCAUUUGAAGGAUCCAACUGCUAUUGUUAAACUCACUGUUUAUAGAAUGCUUCCAAAAAAUCUUCAGAGAAGAACUAUGAUGCAGAGGCUGCACCUUUUCCCAGAAGAUGUUAUUCCAGAAGAUAUAGAGAAGAAUCUCCUACAAGAGAUUCCUCAGCCACGUGCAGUCCCCAAGAGGCUGGAUGAAUAUACGCCAGAAGAAAUUGCUGCCUUUCCGAAGGUUUGGACUCCACCUAAAGAUUUUCGAAGGAAAUAGUAACUGAGAAAGAAGAAAAACGGCCAUCAGGAACAUCUCACCUCCUUGGAAAAAAGCCUUCCAAACUUGGAAGCAUCUGUGCAUCUCAGUCAACCCUUUUGUGCAGAAUGGUUUAGACAGGUGUUAGCAAACUUGAUUUAGAAAGAUUAAAACAAUUAUUGUAUCUGAAACAGCUAAGAAUAGAGGUUAUGUUGUUAAUGCCGCCUGUACUCUGUUGUGUGAGAUGGUAUUUAUUAAUUGCAUUUGUUUCAAUACUGUUAUUAAAGAAUUGAUAAAUUUUUAAUGAAUAUUUACAUCUAAUGGAACUAGUACUUAGUUCACCAAAAUAAGUAACUUGCUCUAGAAGUGGCAAAACUUGAAUUCCACCCAGUAAGAGCAGUGAAUAAUGAUGGUCACAGAGCUCCCACAAAUGGCAUGCUGUUGGUAAAUAAUCUGAUUUGCUUUUCUGGUGGAACAGGUGAUCGUCCUUAAACAACUCUGUGAAUGUGAGGAUGCCAGUCUUAGUCCAGAAAAAGGGAGUUGUUCACGUAGCACUUGUUCUGUCUUUGAGGGAUGUAAAAAAAAAGCCUUUUCUAGGAUGCAGUGUGUCUUUACUAUAGGAAAUUCAUGGAGGGGUUUUGCUGAAUGCAUGUCUAUGCAGGCAGUUUCCUUGUCUGUUUAGGUAAAUACACCCACUGGAGUUACUGUGGUGGUGGUAAGCAAAAUCAAAUUUAUUCCUGAGCCAGAUUACAAUAGAAAAACACUGCUUUUCAGAGGAAGCAGUGCAUGUACCAAAUAUGUGUACAUGGAUACUAUAAUCCUGGUAGGGAUAAAAAAACUGUUAUGGAAAGAGGCAUCUUGGAGGAGUGAGGAUGUGCUGAGAUUUGUGAUGGUAAUUUUUUAUGUCCUCUGGAAGUUUAUCUCGCAGUCUUCAGCAGCCUUCUAGAAAGAGUGUUUGUGCACAACAUACUUUGCCCAUAGUUCUUCUACCUGUUCGUUGUGAGCAAAGAAGUAUUCGAUCACCAACCACUAUUUUUCAUCCUGAAGCUUUGGUCGUCCCUCUGAUAUGCAAUGCUAUAUGGUGUACUUGGAACAUCAAAAUGAAGCAAAAGAGAAAGCAGUUCGUGCUUACAGAGGGCCUGUUUGCUAAAAGGAGGAGGAUUGCAGCAUUUUACAGUGUCUGUGAUGCUGGAAGAGUGUUGUUUCAGUUCCAACAGAAUACGUUGUAAUACUACAGAGCGGCAAGGACAGCAAGAAUUUCAGUGGUAGUAGUGGUGGUACUGUUGGCUGAAUUGCAUCUGAACAGCAGACUGCAUUGGUGGGAAAGAUACACCUCCAGGAACAGCAUAAUGAAUGUAAGUAAGUAAUGAACAGAAUGGGAACUACCAGUGUUUUAAUAAUCUUAUUGGUUUUCAGACUCUUGUUUGUCUGCAGUGCACUUGAGCUUUCAGUGGGCUCGAUGACAACAUCAAGGUUGACUCUCCGCUGCUUUCUAGAUGCUGAAUGAUAUUAAACAUGUCCCAAAUACUCUUUCAUGAGAUGUGAGACAAUUCUCAACAGGAGAGUUGAUGUGUAUUCCUUCGUGUCCACCAAGCGGAACACCUCUCAGUGUAGGCACAGCUAGCACAGUUUGGACUUGCUGUGCUGUUCAUGAACAAACAUGACCAUUUGGGGCUGCAUGGUGUAUUUUCUGAAGUGGUUGUCCCUCUACAGGAGUAGCUCUGCUGACUACCCAACAUAGUGUAGUUUUAGCAGCUUAUGGAAAUAACGGCUAAGAAAGGCAGAUCAGGUGGAGAGAUGUUUGGUGAGGGAAACUGGUGUUUUCAGUAUCCAUUCCAUACGAGUGUCGUACAGGAAGAAGAGCAUUUCUUUGGCAUUCAGAUGAGUUUAUCCAGGGGAAUGUUCCUAUCCAGUGAACACGCAAAUUUCAUUUCCAAGGCGGUAACCACAUUUAAUUAACUAGCAAAGAGUAUUUUUAAAAGCAGUAGGAUAAAGUAAAUGCUUUAUUGUGUAGGUACCCAGGACAUAUACUUUAUUGGUGAGAUCUGAGUGGCAUCAGCUGUUCAUCACGUGCUAAAUGCUUCGCAGUCAAGAACUUCAGUUUCUUAGGCAGUCUGGAAAAAUAGGAGACACUGCUGCUUAUACAGACCGAAUGCUGGAGAGAAUGUUGACCAUAUGCAUCUGUGUCUUACUUUCUUUGGCGAAUGUGCAAAUCCUGAAUAAUAUUUUUAUAACUUGGUAGUGCCUACCAGUUUUUGUUUAUUACCAGGGCUUACCCAGCAGGUGAACAUAUGACCAGUGAUCCAUGGAGCGCUCUGGUUAUGCAGUUAAAGUUUGUGUGUGCUAUACAAGGUUAUAAAAAUGUAAGGAGUAUGCCUCCUCUGUUACCCCCAAGUAAUCUCUCGGUUUGUUUGAUUCGAAGUGUGUGCAUCCUGUGUGGCUGGAAGGGGAAGCCAUCUGCGUUGGCAGUCAGUUGGGUGCGCGUCCCAUAGCUGGGCACCCCGUAGGCCAGGGGCACCUGGGUUCCCCAGGGGCAAAGGGGCGAGGUGCUGCUCCCAGCUGCUCCCCAGGUUGGAGGGGCAUGGUGUAGGUGACACCAACCAUGCAGCACAGGUACCCUCAGCGAUGUGGUUAGACUCUUACCCUUCAUUUCAUAUAUGGGGAAAAUAGCACCAACUGCCUUAUUUCAAAACAUCUGACUAAGUCCAUGAUGCCUUCCCAACAUCCCUGGUUUUGCCCUACCACUCCUGGUCCUACAGGUACUUGAGAUUUGGAUGUAGUGUUGCUUGACGUCAGUAUGGGGUGCAGAUUCAUUCUGAGGUGCAAAUUCAUUCUGAACUGUAACAUGAGGCUCAAAGUCUUUCUGAGACAACACAGGCAGAAUUGCCUGAACACUGUUUUUCCACCUGUGACCUCAGCAUCACUUCCACAGGAACUGGCACAUCCCAGGAAGGACUCUAGACUGUGUCAGUACAGCAUGUGGAUGAGACAGUGCCAGCCAGGAAGGAGGCAGAGAAGAGUUCACAUUUGGGGCGAGUUAACAUGGGUGCUCGUGGCCCAGUGCAAGCAGGUAAAUUAAUAACGUGAUGCAUCCAUGGCUUGUAUGUAAUCCUAGUAAUCUCUCUCUCAUGGUCAGCUGUGGGUGCCAGGCUGUGAUAAGCAUGUGUGUGCGUAGCCAUGCUCACGUGGUGCUUUAGGACUCCAUAAACUGGCAUUAAGCUGCUUACAGAUAAACUCUGAAGUUACAUGCUGCUUCUACUUUAAAUUCAAGUCCAGAUGAGGAAGUGACCUUCACAUUUCCAUCAACUUUUCUCACCUGACUCCAAGGAAUUGGUGGGAGUUAGAGGUGAGAAAAAUUAUGGAAAAGCAGAAAUAGCCUAGAAAGUUACACAGCCACCUAGCAAGAACUUCCCCUGGGAUACACGCACAGGCAGUGCACACUCAUUCGUGGCAAGGUGUAUGAAUGGGUUGUGUUAGCAAUAAGGCUGAAUGCGAGGCUAGAGGAUUUGCAAUUACACAGUAAAGGUACGAGUUUGUCUUCUCCCCAGUGAGCUAACAGAGCAUCUGGUUGGAGACAGAAGUAAAGGCUGGUAAGUCUUUCCUUUUUGAGCAUGAAUAGACCAAACCCAGCCAGCAGCAAGAAGGAAUAGUCCUGGGAUUGACAGGCUAUCCUCUCUCUGUGUCUUUAUAGGGUUGGAUUUAAAGCAAUCCAAAUCUCAAACUUAAAUGUAUGAGCAUUUUUGAGCUUCUGCUUUAAAUCCUGCUUUGAUUCUUACUCUCUGAAGUGCUGUUCAAAGCUGAGUCAUUUUAUAAUUCACCCGGUUUGUUUUAAUGUCACAAAUUGCUUUGUGUUCCUUGAGGGGCUGUGUUGGGGUUUUUCCUUCCUCUCAUCAUUAACUGAUCCAAGUUGCCUUCGUGCCUAUCCCUGCCAGUCUUUUGACUUUGGCACAUCAAUAUACAAACUCUCACACCCAGAGCUAGUAUGAGCACCUCAUAGUCACUCUCUACACUUGUUCAUAUGUAAUUUAAAAAAAUCAGG